GUGGUUUUAUCCACUCGUCCCUUGAAGGUGACAAUGCAUCAUUUACAAGAUAAGAUACAGUCAGCGAUAAAGAAAAGAAACUCGUUGAAGAAUCAGCUGGCCAUUUACACGAACGAAAAAAAUAGUAGAAGAUUGUUAUACGACAAACAACGCAAUGAAAUGAGCAAAAAAAUGAAAGAAUUAGAGAUGAGAACUAAACAAAAAGAAGAAUUAAACAAGAAAUUUGAAUUAUUGUUACAUGACAUAAAUGAUCUUCAAAGAAAAGUCAGAGAUAAAGAUAAAGAAAUAUCUUUAGUGAAGAAGAGUCUUACCCAGGAAAGUGAAACAACGGAAAAACUGAUAACUAAAUUAUCACGCUUGGAAAACUUACUGCUAAAGUUAAAAGACCAAGAGAUUGAAGAAUGUAAAGUUUUAGAAUAUACCAAAAGAGAAAUAUAUAAAGCCAAGGAAGAUGUUACUUGGUUAAGAUUAGAACUGGAACAGGCUUCUUCUGGAGUCGAAGUUUUACAUGUAAAUAAAGAAUCCGAGAAAGAACUCAUAAGGCACUUAAAAGAUGAUUAUAUCACGAUGGAAGAGGGACGAUCAUGUUUGGAUUCAUUAGAAGAUAAUAUUAUUAAUCCNAUGUUAAGUCUAUGGGAGACCAUUUUCCAAUUCAUUGGAUGA